AUGCCUACAGAAAAACCUUUCAAAGUACUAAUUGCCGGUGGUGGUAUCGCUGGUCUUGCCCUAGCCCACAUGCUGGAAAAGUUCCACAUCGAUUACCUUCUAUUAGAAUCGCACAGCGAGAUUGACCCAACCCUAGGCGCUAGUAUCGGAAUAGGGCCUCACGGAUCUCGAAUCCUGGACCAGCUUGAUCUGUAUGAACCAAUCGCAGAGUUAGACUAUAAGGACAAACGGGGAAACCACAUCCAUAAGGAGAAUGGUGAUUGUCUACUGAAUGUAUCGCGUUUUAAUCACCAUCUUGAGUAUCGACACGGAUACCCGAUUAUAUUCAUCGAUCGCCAGUUGUUCCUUCGUGUACUCUAUGACCGGUUGCGAUACAAGAACUGCGUUCUGCUGAACAAAAAGGUAGAUCGUGUUGAGCUACUUGAAAGCGGAGUCGAGGUCAUUACAACAGAUGGGCAGAUCGUUAGGGGCUCUCUAAUUAUCGGGGCAGACGGAGUGCACAGUGCUGUGAGGCGAGAGAUGUACCGGAUUGCUAGUGAGCAGGCUCCUGAGUACUUUGCAGCAGACGAGCAAGAACCUGUAUCAUGCCACUAUAUCUGUAAUUUUGGCAUUGCUCAGAAUGUGGCUGGUUGGAUCCAUGGUCAUACAUAUACCACCGUGGGAAAAGGAUACUCUCAAUUGGUUGUAUCUGGGCCGGGGAAUCGGAUAUACUGGUUCUUUUUUGAGAGGUUACCGGAGACCAAGUAUGGCAAGGAUGUACCACGAUGUAUCCGAGAGAUGGAAGCAGAGUUUAUCAAAAAACACAAGCAUGCUCCGAUCACCAAGACAGUUACAUUCGGCCAGAUAUAUGCUAAGAGGUUGUUCACUACACUCACACCUCUGCAUGAAUAUGUGCAUGAAAAAUGGUUCUUCGAUAGGAUAUUCAUGAUGGGAGACUCAGCUCAUAAGCUGAAUCCCAUAUCGGGCCAAGGUGGUAAUGCUGCAAUUGAAUCAGCCGCAGAUUUUGUCAAUAUACUUCUAAAAAAGAAGUAUAGCCGGACCGAAGGUCUAAGUGGAAUGACGAGUAAGGAUAUCGCAGCCAUCUUCACAGAAGCACAAGCUUCCCGGUAUGAGCGUGCGGAGCAGAUAGUUGCUUAUGCCCAUCUACAACAGUCCUUGACAGCAUAUGAAAAGCCGCUCAUAUCGAAGUUGACCUGGGAGUAUCUCAUGCCUUCUAAAGGGCCAUAUGGCCUCAUAGAUAUGUUUAGUGACCAGUUUAUCGAUAGUGCGAGAUUGAAGUACCUUUCCGUUAAGAAACGGGCACGAGUUUUGCCAUACGCCGAUGAGCUGCCUUCUUCACCACUGAAGAGGGUGCGCCUGAUACAGAUAGUAUUCACGUUGUGGAUGGUGUAUUCUGCAUUCAUGGCCUAUGAAUUGUCGCAGUCUCAGAAGCCUAGGACGGACGGUCUAGCCACCCAAAACAACCGCUUUUUGUCGCUAUCCAUGCAAUCAAAUCCGGAAAAUCGGGUCCUACAAAACUACUACUUCUUAUCAAACCUAAUUUCACCAAUAUUGAUCUACAUUAUCGAAGGAUACCGCCUCGGAACUCGAAAUACCAUCCUCGCUUUGCCCAGUCUAUUCCUUUUAGCAAUCGGAUUCAAAGGGAUAGCACUUAUAUCGCCAAUAUACGCAGCCCUAAGUGUCUUUUGGUCCACUCCCCUGCCCACAAGACGAUUUGUCAAACUAGGUGUCGCCCACGCCUUAAUACCAGCACUCAUUCUGGGUUAUGUAUUGCCAACAGCUCUUAUUCUUUCAGGCACUCUCGAUAUAGCGAAAUGGGCCACAUGGGCACCUCGCGUCUACAAAUUUGCACCAGUUUUUGUGGGCGGUCUGGCAUUUUUCUUUGCAUAUCUUGGUCAGAUUUGGAACUCAAGAUACCAGACGCCGAAGGACCAAGAGCAGUCUGAAUUUGAAUGCUAUAAGGCUCAAGAUGUGCCGACUUUGAAAUCCGCAUAUCUUUUUGCUUUUUUCUUGCAGGCUAUGGUUCACAUCACACUUCUGGCGUUUGCAUAUAACGAGCUGAGAACCGUUGCAUUCCAAUCUUAUUGGAACAGCAACCACAAAACGAUACAUCAGGCAAUAGAUCUCUUUUGGAGUGAUCCGGAAAUUGCAUUCGCCACCUGGUUGAUAAGUAAUAUCUACUCGAUCUGGGAUCUCCGUUGCUUUGGCUACAUCAAAACUCGGGAUUGUAUAAUUGGUGCAUUAAACGUUGUAGCCGGACAACUUCUUGUCGGACCUGGUGCAACAUGGGCUGCACUGUGGUAUUGGAGAGAGGGGGUUAUCGUGGACCUACAGAGAAAUUGA